AUGGAAAGACUCCAACUGUCGUCUGAGAGCAGAGAACCUGAUAAACAUCCUUUUGGUUCUGAGAGUAACCCUAACCUCUUGGCCUGCUGCUGUGGGCCUGCAGGCUGCUCUCUCUGCUGCGGCUGCUGCCCCAAGGUGCGACAGUCACGGACCACCCGCUUCAUGUACGCGCUGUACUUCAUCCUGGUCGUCUUCCUCUGCUGCAUGAUGAUGUCACCCACCGUGGCUAAGCAGAUGAAGGAGCACAUUCCUUUUUUUGAAGAUAUUUGCAAAGGCAUUAAAGCUGGUGACACCUGUGAGACGCUGGUGGGGUACUCUGCAGUGUACCGAGUCUGCUUUGGAAUGGCGUGUUUCUUCUUUCUCUUCUGCCUGCUGACCUUGAAAAUCAACACCAGUAAAAGCUGCAGAGCCCAUAUUCACAAUGGCUUUUGGUUCUUUAAACUUCUGCUGUUGGGGGCCAUGUGCUCAGGAGCUUUCUUCAUUCCAGACCAGGAGACCUUUCUCAAAGCCUGGCGCUACGUGGGAGCCUUCGGAGGCUUCAUCUUUAUAGGUAUCCAGCUCCUUCUGAUUGUGGAGUUUGCACAUAAAUGGAACAAAAACUGGACUGCAGGCACCACCAGUAACAAGCUGUGGUACGCCUCCCUGUCCCUGGUGACUCUCAUCAUGUACUCCGUUGCCGUCGGGGGCUUGAUUGUGAUGGCAGUAUUUUACACACAGAAAGUCGGCUGCAUGGAGAACAAGAUUAUCUUGGGAUUAAACGGAGGCCUGUGCCUGCUUAUUUCAAUGGUAGCCAUCUCACCCUGUGUCCAGAAUCGUCAGCCACAUUCUGGGCUGCUGCAGUCAGGGCUCAUCAGCUGCUACGUCACAUACCUCACUUUCUCAGCUCUAUCUAGCAAACCUGUAGAAGUAGCUCUGGAUGAACAUGGGAAGAAUGUUACCAUUUGUGUGCCCAACUUUGGUCAGGACCUAUAUAGAGAUGAAAACUUGGUGACUACGCUGGGUACUAUCCUCUUGAUUGGGUGCAUCUUAUAUUCUUGUUUGACAUCAACAACAAGAUCAAGUUCUGAUGCUCUGCAGGGGCGAUAUGCAGCUCCUGAACUGGAAGUAGCUCGGUGUUGUUUCUGCUUCGGGCCUGAUGGAGUGGAUACCGAAGAGCAGCAGAAUGUGAAAGAGGGACCUCGGGUCAUUUAUGAUGAGAAGAGAGGCACUGUCUACAGCUAUUCCUAUUUCCACUUCGUGUUCUUUUUGGCUUCCCUGUAUGUGAUGAUGACUGUUACCAACUGGUUCCACUAUGAAAGUGCCAGCAUCGAGACCUUCUUCAGCGGGAGCUGGUCCAUCUUCUGGAUCAAGAUGGCCUCCUGCUGGGUGUGCGUGCUGCUGUACCUGUGGACGCUGGUCGCUCCCCUCUGCUGUCCCUCUAGGCAGUUCUCCGUGUGAGGAUGGCAGCUGGCCACUUCGCUCAGCAGGCUGUGCUGGAAGAGCUGUCCUUUGAACAGUGUACCAGGGUCUGAGCAGCAACUGGCGCCUUAUGAAAAGCUGAUAUCCCCUGGCUAUUUUAAAUGUGUCUGAAAAAGCUUUCAGGGGGAUAAGGAAAAAACAAACAAACAAACAAAAAACCCAGAUGAGCUUUUUUAAUUCUGAAAUUCAGAAAGAAACUACCAAUUUGUCCUGAAGAAAUUGAGAUUUCCAACCAACCUGAACUUGUGAUACAUGCAUUUUUAUGUCUUACCCUUAGGAACUGGGUAGUGGUACUUGGGUAUGCUGUCACCAAAAGAAUGGUAUAACAUCUUUUUACAGGGAUAAAAAUUAUCUUGUGUGACCUGUUAUUCCCAUUCUUGGAAUUAAAAAGCAAGCAAAAUGUUGAGUCUCCA